AUGUAUGUGUAUCAGUUUCCAGUUUUAUUUAUAGGAAUAAUACAUACAAGCUUCGUCAGUUUGCUAAUUAAAUUGGUAUUACACGUCUGUGGCAAAUUUGCAAUUUUGUCGUAUCGAAUACAAAAUAUGUCCAUAACAUCACAUGUUAAUUUAAAUACUAAAAUUAAAGAAUUUGUGAUUGUACAUAUAACAUUAAUAACGACGGCAAAUAUCAUCAAUUCUGCGUUUCAAAUUUUCUUUUUGAUAGAACUUUUACAAAUUAGUAUUAGAAUAUCUGUCGUUAUAUACAUGUUAAUUAUAGAUUCUUCUGGAAAUUUCGUGAAGACUAUAACGCACAUCUUAUACGUAGUGAUGAUUACAUCGAUGUUGUAUCUAUACUCCUUCAUAGGCGAACAACUAUCGCAGGAGUCUAUGAAAGUGAGCGAAGCGUUCUAUAAUACCGAUUGGGAUAAUUUAUCAGUCCAUAAUCAGAAAUUAUUCCUUCUGGCUUUGUCUUGUGGACGACAAACUUUGCACGUCACAGCUGGAAAAUUUUAUACUUUUUCAUUAUAUGGUUUCAUCGAUAUUAUGAAAACCUCGUUCGGAUACGUUUCCCUCUUGCGAGCACUAACAUAA